GGGAAUUUCCCUUUCAUCACGCCCCAAGAACAAUAGAUUCUUGAUGUUUCCUUGGUCGAUGGCUAACCUCGGUCGUCUUCCUAACACUGAGAGCAAGUUUCAGAAUGGACUUCGAGUUGCAAUUGCGGAUUUCGUUUAUAUUUAAUUCACGGUAAUCAGCCUCAUUGUGCGCCGCCAAGACUUAUGACAUUUUAACUUGAAUUUCAAGAUUGUUAAAGAUACAAAAGUCAGAGCCAAACAUGUCACUGCAGCCCUUUAGUGACAAGCAGUUGAAUUAUUUCAAGUUUUCCUCCAUUGUGUUGAAUGACAUCGCGAGUGCCUUGCGUCAAACGUUCAAGACCAUGUGGGACAACACUUUUGGGCAUCGGCCCGGAUAUCAAUUGUGGGAUGACUCCCCAGCAGUAAGAAACUUGUUUCUCGCCGAAGAGGGUGGUAAAACCAAUGUUCCCACACAUCUUUCCUAUGAAGAAUGGGACUGUACAGCCCUUUUUCAGGCCACCGUAUAUGCGAAGUCCUUCGCUAUGCUGGACAGCACAGGCCAUAAGAGGACCCUUAGUGAGUUGUACACGAGACACCGUAAAAUACCUCAUGGAAAGUUUCAUUCAUCUGUGGUGAGUCCAACUGGAAACAAAGAUGAGACGUUUACACUCGCGAUUGAUCAGCUUCGAUUGUUGCGAAAUUCCCUUUGUCACUUGGAAAAGUCAGAGAUCGAUAAACCAACAUUUGACAACUACAUACAGCUGGCUAGGGAAGCAUUCAAAGCUCUUGGUAUCAAAACUGACCCAAUUGAUGCCAUUGGUGGCUUGACAGAGUCUGACUUUCCCACCACAGCAGUUCGCAAUUUGGAGCAAGGUAUCAAACAGGAGCUUCGAGAGCGAAUCAAAUUUCUCGAAGGCGAGGGUUCAAGUAUUGACGAAUUAAAGGCGUUGACAAAUGCAAUAAAGGAAAAAGUUGAAGGUGGAGCAAGUAAGGAAGACCUUGCUUUGUUGCAGAAGAAGAUGGAUGAAUUGAAAGAACAAAUUAAUAUAACCCAGAAAGAACACGCAGACACGGCGAGGAGUUACGAGUCACUCGGAGUAACACAGGAUAACUUGGGCGACUUUGCUUCAGCGCUUCAGUCCAAACAGCAUGCUCUUGACAUCCGCAUUAAAUUGUAUGGAGAAGAACACGCAGACACGGCGCGGAGUUACGAGUCAGUCGGAGUAACACAGCAUAAGUUGGGCGACUUUGCUUCAGCGCUUCAGUCCAAACAGCAUGCUCUUGAGAUCCGUGUUAAACUAUUUGGAAAAGAACACGCAGACACGGCGAGGAGUUACGCGUCACUGGGAGUAACACAGGACAAUUUGGGUGACUUUGCUUCAGCCCUUCAGGCCAAGCAGCAUGCACUUGACAUCCGUGUUAAACUGUUGGGAGAAGAACACGCAGAGACGGUGAGGAGUUAUGAAUCAGUCGGAGUAACACAGCACAAUUUUGGAGACUAUGCGUCAGCGCUUCAGUCCAAACAGCAUGCGCUUGACAUCCGUGUUAAACUAUUUGGUGAAAAACACCCAGUCACAGCAAUAAGUUACCUAUCACUCGGAAAAACACAACACAAUCUGGGCGACAAUGUAUCAGCCAUUCAGUCAAUAAAGCAUGCACUUGAUGUCCAUAUUAAACUGUUUGGAAACGAAGACGCAGAAACGGCUACGAGAUACCAAUCACUCGGAGUAACUCAGUACAAUUUGGGCGACUAUGGUUCACAGCUUCAUUCCAAACAGCACGCAUUUGACAUCCUUGUUAAACUAUUUGGAAAAAAACACGCAGACAUAGCAAGGAUCGGCCACCUUCUUGGAGUAAGACAGCACAAUUUGGGCGACUUUGCGUCAGCGCUUCAAUCCAAGCAGCAUGCACUUGACAUCCGCGUUAAGUUGUUUGGAGAAGAACACCCCGACACGGCUCAGAGUUACGAAUCAGUCGGAGUAACACAGCACAAUUUGGGCGACUAUGCUCUAGCCCUUCAGUCAACACAACAUGCACUUGACAUCUACGUUAAGCUGUUUGGAAAAGAACACGCAGACACGGCGAGGAGUUACGAGUCACUCGGAGUAACACAGGAUAACUUGGGCGACUUUGCUUCAGCGCUUCAGUCCAAACAGCAUGCUCUUGAGAUCCGUGUUAAUCUAUUUGGAAAAGAACACGCAGAUACGGCGAGGAGUUACGAGUCAGUCGGAGUAACACAGCAUAACUUGGGCGACUUUGCUUCAGCGCUUCAGUCCAAACAGCAUGCUCUUGAGAUCCGUGUUAAUCUAUUUGGGAAAGAACACGCAGACACGGCGAGGAGUUACGAGUCACUUGGAGUAACACAGCACGAUUUGGGAGACUAUGCUUCAGCGCUUCAGUCCAAACAGCAUGCACUUGACAUCCGUGUUAAACUAUUGGGAGAACAACACGCAGACACGGUUAGGAGUUACGAAUCACUCAGAGUAACACAGCACAAUUUGGGCGACUAUGCUUCAGCGCCUCAGUGCAAACAGCAGGAGUUUGACAUCCGAACUAAUAUCUUCCAGCGCCAGAGAUCACGGAAAUUUUGUGCUGGCGGUAACAAGAUGGCGGAAAGAGUGAGCAGAAAACGAAAACAGAUUGACUACAAGGCACUUCACGAGUCCUCUACAGCGGAUGUAUAUCAAGUGAAUGGAAAGAAAAGAUAUCGGUCGAAAUCAAAAGACUGCUCACGAAGUGGAAAAGCGGCAAAGAGAUAGAAUACCUUAUCGAGUGGAAAAGACGGCCCAUGUCAUCACGUACCUUGGAGCCUCCCCCUCAUCUAUCUAAAGAGCUUAUUAGAUGAGAAGAAUUAUAACCGGAACAGAACGCAUAAUUUUUCAAAUUAUUUUGGUAAAAUGUAUCGAAAGCUUCAAAAAGUUGAAUCAAAUAUAGCAUCUUCAGAACAAGUCAGGCCUUUUAGUUGACUUCCAAUAUUUAUAAUAUCAUGUUUAGUUAAUAGGUAUAAUUUAUAAAAAUCUGUA